AUGGAUCGAAACGAAGAUGGAUGGUAUAACGCAGAGCGUGCAGCCCAGCGGGAUGCGCGGCCGUCGCUGUGGAUCUGUUGGCAGUAUUAUCAGGACCUCCUUGCGCAGCAAGAUGAACUUGUGGUUCAUCAGAGUGACGCGGAGGCUUUGGUCUAUGGCCUUCAACAUUUUCCUGCGCUAGAGAGAAUCAAUAUCACCCCUGCCGCUCACGUUUGGCUAUAUCAGCCGGUCUACGAGACGCCGAUGAUCCGGGCAUUCCCUAAAGAAUUCAACUACCCAAUCCCGCGCGAGUGGCUGGCAGCGGCGGAGGGAAAGCCCACGCCGGAGGCGGAGGACUGGAGCACUUUACUGGAAAAUGUCAAAGAGCAGUGGCGGGGAGCCUGGCUUAUUCUACCUGGAUACGGGGCUCAAUUGCACCAUCUUCCACCAGCUCUGCAAGGAGUCCGAGACCUCGCGGCCCUGUUGCGACGCCCCGGAUUUCGCCGUCUGGACCUUCCCCUGAUUGCCCGUGGACAGGAAUAUGAGGAGUGGUCCGCCUUCCGGAACGGAAACCUGCAACGCGUCUUGAGUGAGGCAUCGAGCAUGGAAUAUUUCUGUCUCUGUACGACAAUCGAGACCGACUCAGUGACUAAUCUAAGGCGGCAGGGGCAGAAAUGGACGGAGCCCGGGGAGAGAUCAUCUCGCUUUCAUUUCACCUCUCUUCAAACCAUCUUCCCGGUGGCAAGCUGGUCUGGAUUGCAAACCUUGAAGUUAUCUCGGUUUAUUGUGAUCCAAGCCAAUGUGAUAUCCCUCCUGAAUCAACUACCAGCCCUCUGGAAGAUUGAACUGAGCUUCUUGGGAUUUCUAGAUUACGGGGGCAAUUACAGAGAUCUCCUGUGCGAAAUUCGCGAGAGGUUUCGGUGUUCGGAAAGAGACCCAGAGUUGAGACCCCAGCUAAUGGUUGCAGUUGCACCAUGGCCCCCUCGGCCGGGCCUGGGAAUUUGGCUCGACGAACAGGUACACCCCUUUCUUUAUGACCAUGGUCAGAAUCCUUUCUCCAUCUUCCGCGACGCACCGAAUCAAGUACCUCAGGGAACGGGGACUUUACGGAAUACUUUCGAGCCGGGCAAUAAACGCCCCUACUUCGGUUCAUGCAAAUUUAUGAGUCCUCCGGGAAUCGAGAAACGUCGAAAUACUCAAGUAUUCAAGGAUCUCUACAGAUCGAUCAUGGCAUUACAGAUGGAAGUGGAACCAAACGGCAGAAGAGCUAUUGAUGUCUUUAUCACCGAUUGUGACCUUUCAUUGUCGCCUCUCUCGGUCCUCUACAAGCUUGUUUACCGCAGCCUCGACAGAACUACGGCUGAGGAUAUCCCAGUUGGCAUCACCAGUACCGCCUUUCAGAGCACCUAG